ACAUAUCCUUUUUUUUCACUUGUCUAUUCAUUGAAUAUUAAAACCGCAAACACAAUCCAUCAUGUUCAACAAGCAAUUCACCCGUGGUAUUGCCUCUUCACAACCAGCCAGAAAUUACGCUUCUACCAUCAAGAACUUGAAGAUUAAUUCUGACACCAAAGUUAUCUACCAAGGUUUCACUGGAAAACAAGCUACUUUCCAUGCUGAACAAGCCAUUGCUUACGGCACCAAAGUUGUCGGUGGUACCAAUCCCAAGAAAGCCGGAACCACCCACUUGGACAAGCCGGUGUUUGCUAGUGUCAAGGAUGCCAUAAAGCAAACUGGUGCCGAUGCCACAGGUAUUUUCGUCCCACCUUCAAUUGCCGCCAAAGCCAUCGAAGAAGCCAUCGAGGCCGAAAUCUCCUUGGCCGUGGCCAUCACCGAAGGUAUUCCUCAACACGACAUGGUCAGAAUUGCCCAGAUCUUGAAGACCCAGGAAAAGACCAGAUUGGUGGGUCCAAACUGUCCAGGUAUAAUUGCUCCUGAACAAUGUAAGAUUGGUAUCAUGCCUUCUAGCAUCCACAAAAGGGGUAAGGUUGGUAUCAUUUCCAAGUCCGGAACCUUGACCUAUGAAGCGGUUGCUCAAACCACCACCGUGGGAUUGGGUCAAUCUUUGGUCAUUGGUAUGGGUGGUGACCCAUUCCCCGGUACCAACUACAUCGACGUCUUGACCUUGUUCUUGAACGACCCUGAAACCGAGGGGAUCAUUUUGAUUGGGGAGAUCGGUGGUACUGCUGAAGAAGAAGCUUCUGAGUUCUUGAAACAAUAUAACUUGACCAGAGACGUGCCAAAGCCUGUUGUUUCCUUCAUCGCUGGUGUUUCUGCUCCUCCAGGUAGAAGAAUGGGUCACGCCGGUGCCAUUGUCGCUGGUGGUAAAGGUGACGCUAAGAGUAAGAUUGCAGCUUUGGAAUCCGCUGGAGUGGUUGUGGAAAAGUCUCCUGCUAGAUUAGGUAACUCCUUGUUGGCUGAAUUCAAGGCCAAGGGAUUAUUGUAAUCUACAGGCUUUAAUUCUUGGCCUUUUGUAGCUAAAAUGCACUCUACUAUAGACCCAAACUCGUAUUUGA